ACGAACAAUUCCCGCUCUUUUUCAAGCUGACAUGGCGUGUUCUCUGUGCUCUCAAUGCAAACCUCUGCUCACAUUAAAGCAGAGACCUAAGCACAAUCUCAAGUCUCGACUCGCACAACCCAGAGUUACUUAUGUAUUACUAUAAGUCCAUAACGCUCCCUUAUCUCUUUCUCUCCUUUCUUUCUUAGGCUUCAAGUUGUGGCAGCUGGGAAGCUUGGCUCUUGUGCAUGAUUCACAUCUCAUUAGGCAUUUAAUGUUUGGGAUGUCUUGAAGAUAAUUUUAACUCUAGGGUUUGUAGUUUGAGUACUCUAGGCCAUGAGAAUGGAACCUAAGCUCUUGGUUGGGAAGCAUAGUAAUAAGAGAGCAAGAUCUGCAACUCGAAGGGGCAUUGGUGGUAAAACAAAAAACGAUGUAACCAUAAGUGAUGAUGUAAAGGAAUUGGAUACAAAAGUUGAACUAGAUAGGAAGGUUGCAGUUGGUGGUGGCAAGUCCAAGGGAGAGAGAUCUGCAUCAAAAAAAGGUAAGUUGGGAGGUGGGGAUGAAGUUUUAAAGGGUGGUGGCAAGAUUCCAUCUGAGGAGAAUUUUAAGACUCCAAUGAAGCGAAAGAGGGGUGCUGAUGGGGAAAUCGUACAGGCCUUUUUGUCAUCUACAGAGAGAAGUUCAUCUAGGCUGCGGCCAAGGAAAGAUGUUCCUACUUUCCGGAAGGUGGAGUUGGCUGAGAAUGAUAGUGAAAGGAUAGUUGGGAAGAGAGUCAAGAUUUAUUGGUCAGGAUCAAGGAGAUGGUUUGUUGGUCGUGUUAAGGCAUUUGACCAUGACAAAAGAUGCCAUACAAUUCACUAUGAAGAUGGUGAGAAAGAAGAUCUAGAUUUGAGGCAGGAGAGGUUUGAGCUUGAAGUCUUUCCUGGUGAUGGUUUCAACCUCAUAGUUGAGCCCAAGUCUGAGAAGAAAGUCAAGGCUUGGGAUGGUGUUAAGGACAGUGCAGAGAAAAAUAAAGAAUCCUCAAAAAAGGCUAUGAGUGGGAAAAAGGUGAAAGUUAAGGUAGGAAAUGCCAAACCAAUGAAAAGUCCCGUGAAGUCAAAGAAAAAGAGAACAGUAAGAGCUACAAAAAUGAACAUGUCACUAUUAAACAGAAAGGAAGAGACCAAAGAGGAGGCAAACCUAACUGAAAGUGUUGAGGUUGAUGUUGAGCAUGAUGAAGUCAAGACAGAUACACUGCAUAGUGAGAUCAUUACUGAAAAAUCUGCGGAGGUUAAUUACCUGGAGAAUGACAAGGCUGACUCUCCUGUGAAAAAUGCUAGUGGAAAACAUGGUGAAAUUUCAGCCCAAGCUACGAAACCAAAUUUCAAUAGCGAGAAGGGAAAAAGCUGCUUGGAUGAUGGUAAGAUCAGUGGAGAGGCAGGUGAUGAUGCAGAAAAGCAGACAGAGACUGAGAAGAAAAUGGGGUUCAAAGAUGCAAUGAAUAAGGAGUGCUCAGAUACACAGGAUGUAAAAGAUAAUAUGGUGGACCUGGCCAUGGAUGUGGAAGUUUCUGUUCAUCCUGAAGAAGUGGAGGAGAAAGUGAUACGUGGAGAAACCAAUGUGGAAGGACCAGGGGGUGUUAAUACUGAGAAAAGUGCAGAUGAUAUCCAGGGGACUUGUGAUGUAGCUGUGGAUCUGCAGGUGAGCCAGAGCAAGGAGGUAAGUGGCUCUGCUGGAGAUAUGCCCAAGGAUGAAAGCAAUGAUGAUGCCGAGAUUCCGAAACCCCAACCAACAGAGAAUGAUCCAAAAUUCAAAGAAAAUGAUGGUGGAGCUCCUUCAUAAAUGAAGCCGGUUUGCAGCAACAUGAAUGGGGGGUAUAAGCUGGGUUUCAUCAGGAGUAGCCGAUUUAGUUAGAAGAUGCUUGACCUCAUUCCAACUUUGAUGAAUCUUUGUACCAUCAUCACCUCUGUUUCUGCCUUUCUUUUGUUAAGUUAACUGCCUGUUUAUAGAUUACCAACUCUCCAUUUCAGCUUCUGUGCAAAGUACAACUACCUAAGCAUUAGAUGUAUGAAUUAUGAAUCCUGCUAGUUUAUUAUAUUUAUCUACUCCAUUUUUGCAUCA